GGUCCGCGCAAAGAAAAUGGCGGCAGAGUUUGCGUGACUUUUCUCACAUUCAAACAUUUGCGUUGUUUUCUUGUCCCUGGAAUCAUUUUUUAGACAUCUGAAAUGUUCUUGCUCAUUUUAGUUGUUCUUGGUAUCAUAUGGGUUCUGUACAGGACAUUUAAGGAUGAGUUUUCGCCAUUGCGAAAAAUUCCUUAUGCUAGUAGUCAUGUUCCAAUUUUGGGUCAUGCAUUGGUUUUUCUUAGAGAGAGAAACCAUUUGAAGGUACUAAGGGACUGGAGUGAGAAGCAUGGACCGAUUUUUCGCUACAAUCGUGGUUUUGGUAAGCUCAAUCAGCUGCUCAGUAUUCCAACUUAUAAUGCGGCAUAGUUUUGUUGUUUUACUACACACACUCUUAAACUGUAUUUUUUAGCCGAGAAAUGGGGAAGAGGCGACUGACAUUCCCGGGGGUGGGAAAUUUGACCUUUUCUAGGGUGCCUAGUUUAAUUUCUUCUUACGAUCUUUCCUUUUUUCCAGCUGCAUCCGUGAUGUUCGAAAAUCCUAGGAGAGGCAGGCAAGCAAGAAAUUUUACAACAAAUGUGCAUGUUCCGAAAAUUCUAGAUCUCAAAUCGUCUUCCGAACAGAUAUUUUCCGUAAACUGUCGUUGGGUGCCCUUGAUUAAUUAAAAUUGGUAGUUUCUGGUAAAAUCUUCUCUCAAGUUAGAUCUAACUGGUACAAUUGUUACAAUCAGUCUACGCCCAAUUUCAGGAUAAAAGGGCUGAAGGAAUUAAGGAUUUGCAGCUGUUUUCUGAAUUUGUGGUGUUGACCUACCCUAAAUGAGCAGAAUUUAUGGCUGCAGUUACACUCAAUUUCAAUUCACACUUGGUACUAAUGUACUUUUGUUUAUUUAAAUGACCCUCAUGUAACACUCCCUUAUCUGAAAUUUACCCCCCAAAACCAAUCAAGAUUUUGAAAAUGACCCCCUAGCAAAAUAACAGCCCCCUCUCACAGGUAAUAAUUAAAUGACCAGCCCCUUAAGAUAUUUACAAGAGUAUUAAUAUUGAUUAUAUCUUCCUUUCUUAUCUUUUUUUGUGGACAGGGGACACCAGAGUCUUUUUGGCAGACCCUGAUCUUAUAAAACAUGUUACUGUUACAAAUUCCAAGAACUAUCUGCGUUCACCAUUUAUACGCAAAGUUAUGCCCAGCAUUGGAAAUGGUUUGUUUUCUUCCAAUGGCAAGGACCACAAUCUUCAGCGCAAAAUGAUCAUCCCAGUGUUUCAUUACAGCAACUUAGGUCGGAUGGUGAAUGAUUUUUGUGAAGUUUCAAAAAGUCUGGUCACUGUGAGUAUUUCUGUUUUAAUCAUGAAUAAGAUAUUAAAUUAUAUUAAGUCAUGGGAAGAAAGUUUUUAAAACCCCCUUCUCCUUCCCCCUUAUUCUUCAAGACCAAAUACAGUAAAACCCUACGUAUAAGAACCUAAAAUUUAAGAACCCGUCAGGCUGAAAUUUUCAUUUUAAGCAGGUCACAUAAGAACCAUUUCAGGCUGAAAUUUCAAGGGAGGUUCUUAAUUUCCAAAGUACAAUAGAAAUCAAUAUCAUGUGCAUAACUUAGCAAAAAAAAAUUUUGUAUGAUUUAUGUGCCUUUAUAAUGUUUGCACUCUACUAUAUUCCAUGUAACUAGGAUCAAAAUGUGUGAAUAAUUUAAUAAAAAGGCCACGCCCACCAAUACAAUUUAUAAUGUUUUUUUCUUACCAAAAAUUAAGAAUCCAUUUAAGAACCUAGAUAGCCUGAUUUCAAGUUAAGCACCAUUUAUAUAAGAACCUGUUGAGGCUGAUGUGGAAAAAUCUAGGUUCUUAUCUGUGGGGGUUAAGUGUAUAAUAGACCAUAUUAAUUAAUUACAAUUGUAAUCAUGUGAUAUGAUCUGGUAUUAUUUAUUCACCACCUGGAAUUUUGUAAUUUUUUUUUUAUAUUUGACUGUUUGACCCAUCUUCAUGUACGUGCUUGACCUUUUCCCAUUGGCCUUAAAAACACGGGAUUACAUAGAUCUAUACUGUCUUGUUUUUAUGUACCCAUAUAUUUUUAAGAUCAUGUUCACUGGCCUUCUAGUUCUUUAGAAGAAAUCGAUACCAUCAUCUGGAUGUUUUAAAAAGCAGAAAAGCACCGCGUUUCACUAAAAAUGAAAGAGGACUCCCUCCCUAUUGAGUCCCCCCUGCCCCACACUCAAACAUGCAUGGAAUAAGUGGAGGGCUUAAAGGGGCUGUGUCACGGCAGUCCAGUUCAUUUUGUUUAUUUUUGCCAGUUACUCGCCCUCAGUUGCUACGGAACUUAAAGUAAGCAAAGAAAUUACUUGUAAAUGACACAAGCAGAGAUUCGAGACAAACAAAUAUGUCUCCUGAGCAUUAUUUUUGAAGUUGCAAACGGCAGAGAUCAACUUUGAAAAACUGUUAGGCUGAACAGCUUUCAAAAAUCCUAAUUUCAAUCCGUUUCCAUCUUCUUCAGUUUUACCCAUCCGUGGCAUCUGUUGUAUUUGUUGUGUUAUUUUAACCUUCCUUUAAUGCUUUAAGAGAUUAUUUUCACGUUUUUCUUAAUUCAACGAGCAUUUUGUAAUUACAUAAUUUGGCUGAAUUUCGUGCCACAGCUCCUUUAACAGAGGAUGUACAGUAUCUAAUUCUUCCCAGCUGAAAUGGUGCAGUUUUAAUUUGAUAAUUUUUUUAUAUACAUGUCUGCAGCUGUGGACAGAUAAACUUUCAGAUUCAUCUGAAGGAUCCUCAGAGGUAUCUAUCCAAACAGAUCUUGCUCAUCUGGCACUUGACAUUAUAGGAAGAUGUGCUUUUGGUUUUAACUUCAAUACGGUGCUUUCUGGUGAAAGUGAAAUCUCAAGAGCUUUUUCAGUGGUUAUAAAAGGAGUGAACUUUGGCCGGUUGAUGAAAAAGAGGCUCAUUCCAUUUUAUAAUUCUCUCCCACUGGAUGACAAUAUAAAGGAACAGAAAUCUUUUGAAAAGACUGAUGAAACUGUUCUUAAGGUAAAUAAUACAACAGUUUUUUUCUAUCAUUUUAAUUUUACCAUCAUAAUUUUAUCUUUGUUUUUCCUGCUAGCAGUCAGCUCUCUCACACAGAGAACAAAAUGAUAGGAAAGCGAGAGAACUCUUCCACCGCUCGUCGCAUUUUACUAUCAUGCGUACACUAGUGUUUCCUUAAUGACCAGUAGCAUUUUAUUCACGUGUGCAGCACAACGUAACUACAAAGUACUGUCAACUACUCUCCCGGAUAAUCCGGGAGACUUCAGAUUUUGGACCGUAUCUCCCAGUCUCCAGAUUAGAGUCUAAAAUCUCCUGGGUAAUCGCCAAAGUUGCCAUUUCUUGUAGACUUGACUUUCCGACAAUGAAAUUUCCCAGUUUGAUUGAGUUAUUUUACUGUUAACAUCUAAUGUCUCCUCAUAAACUCCCGUAUGCCAUUGUAAAAAGAAAACCAAUCAGGACAAAUGUUACAAUGGUAAUGACAUAUUUUUUGUGCAUUUUGUGUCACUGCAAAUAUUUGUGACUAUCAGAGUCAACGAGAAUUUUUUUGUGCAAAUGACGUCAUGUACCGUGUGUUAUGAUGUCUUCUAUCUUUUGUUCCCUAUCAAUUCUCAAUAUCAGAAAACAUGGGUUGCUAACAGCCCUGAUUACAGAACCGGUUUGCGCGAUAACAACCAUGGGCUCAGAAAAAAUCUGAGUACUCCCGAAAAGAGUGAAACCGAUGACGUUCUGGUUACUAGUCCUGAUACUCUACCACUGAGCUACAGGAUACUCGAGGGAUUUAAGGCCAUUAGACUACAAUGAUGGACAAAAGUGUUGUUGAGACACUUCUAUGAAAUGGCCCCUUUGACACAGUUUCGUCCUUUUAAGUUUCCUAAAAUUCGUUUAGACCUGUGAUAAAAAUCCAUCUUUAAAAAUUAGGGGUGGUCCACAAAGAGGUCCAUGGACUAGGUCCAUAGAGGUACCUCCACUAAAGAGUUAUAAAUGAGUAAACUUAUCAUAAACAAUUGAUUCAGCUUGCUUGCAUUGGAAACUAUGAUUUUCACUUCUGCCGAAUCUCAUUGGGAAAAGGAGAAAGAGAGGAGGCUAAUUUGGCACAAUUUCGGUGGCGUUUCACGUUUGAAACUCGACUUGGCGGGUGCCAAUGAAGUAUAAUUCGAAAGUAAACGGAAAAGCAAGUAAAGACUUAUGCAGAUAACGCCAGUCACUAGCCGUUCGCAAGUUUUUCAUUCGAGGCCCAGUUUUCAAUGCAUUAUUCAGGAUUACUGGGUUUUGAACCUUGAAGGCAAUGAAAGACCAUGAAAUCGAUAAUGUUGAUAAAAUCGAUAAAAUCAAUAGCGCUGACAACGAAAAAAGUUGUUACGAUCGAUUUUUAUGGAUACAAUUGAUAUGAAUGAAAACGUGAUUAUCGACAAUUAUCGAUUUAUCGAUUGGUUUUCUGACCUAGCCGCGGCCUAGCUUUAAGAAAAAGACGUUAGAGUUUUUAGUAAAAUAAUCCGGAAUUAUUUAGUAUUAUAGUAUUUAUUUAGUAUUAUGAUUUAUUUAGUAUUAUGAUUUAUUUAGUAUUAUGAUUGACAAUCAUGAAGUCAGAUCCACUGAAUGUCUCAAGCUAUUAGGUGUCUGUAUUGAUAACAAUCUUCGUUUUGAUGAACAUAUAAGUAGUAUCUCUAAGAAGAGCGCCCAGCGGGUAGGCGUUCUCAUGAGGCUCAGGAACCUUAUACCCACACAAACUAAGUUACAGUUAUAUAAGGCAGCUGUUCUUCCGUAUUUAACCUACUGUCACCUUAUAUGACAUUUUUGCCGUGCUAGUGAUUCUAGACGACUAGAGCGUAUCCAGGAAAGAGCACUUAGGGCUAUAUAUUGAGAUAAACAUUCGUCCUAUGGUCAAUUACUAUCUAUGGCUGGGCUAUCGACUCUACACAACCGGCGACUACAGGACAUAGCUAUUCUCAUGUAUAAAGUUAAAAACAACAUGUGCCCAACCUACAUUAGCACUCUCUUUGAACAGCCUGCAAUUAAGUAUGAACUGCGCAAUCAUGACUUCACUAUACCCAGAUUCAACACAGUCUCCUUUGGAAAGCACUCGCUCAGGUAUAUGGGCCCAAGGGUAUGGAGUUCUGUUCCUAGUAACGUGAAAAAAGCUUCCACGUUGUCCUCCUUCAAAUAUAACAUAAGAAAAGUGGAUCUUAGCAUGCUAUUAGCUGACAAUAACUGCUCUAACUGCUCUCUUUGCACUUCUUAAUCUUUUAUUUCUUAUUUUUUAUAAGAUAAUGGAUACAUUUGUACAUAUUGUAUAUAGUUCUCUCGAAUUUCUCACUUGCUUAUACUGUACAUAGUUUUUCUUAAUUUUAAUUAAUUUAUUAAUUGAUUUAUUUUUUAAAUUUAUUUUAGUGUCCCCACUUAGUGGUUAUACACCGCUAUUACAGUCUUGACACUUUAAUAAAGGUAUCAUCAUCAUCAUCAUCAAUCAGCCAAGCCGCACGCGCGCAGCACUUCUGUUAUUUGUAAAAUAUAUUUACAUUCGGGUGGCCUCUCUUAAAAGCGGCGGGUGGUUCCUUGAGGUCCCCUGUCCUAAACAAAUUUAUCUGUAAACCUAUUGCACUGUUUUGAAACAAGGCAAAAAACUGAUGAUGAUGAUGAAAUAUUAUGCCUCUAUUAAGAUUAUCAGAGAAAGACGCAAAAGAAGAGAAGAAGGGAAGGCCGAUUCCAAAGGGGAUUUGCUGGGCUUAUUGAUGGACCAAAGGGACGAGGAAACCAGUGAAGCCAUGGAUGAUGAACUUCUUCGAGCUCAGGUGUUCACCUUUAUGUUAGCUGGUCAUGAAACUACAAGCGUCUCCUUGACGUGGACACUGUAUGAGCUGGCUAGACACCCCGAGAUGGCUGAAGAGAUCAGACGAGAAUCUCAAAGGGUGAUACCAAAUUUGUCAGACCUGAGCUGGGAAAAACUGGCUGAGAUGAAGUUUUUGGGAAAUGUCAUCAAAGAGUCGUUAAGACGCCAUUCUCCAGCAGCUAUGGUAUUUCGAGUCGCCAAAGAAAAUGACGUCAUUGGAGGGUAUGAGAUUCCCAAGGGGACUUUUGUGGGGCUAGGAGUUGAUGUUGUUCACAAUUCACCAAAGUUCUGGAAAGAUCCACACGCCUUUGAUCCAAAUAGAUUUGAUGAGAAAGGUAAAUUUGUCUUCACUUUAUCUUAAGUGUUCAGAAAAGCCUUUAGGCCUUUGCGACUUAUUAUAAAAACAGACUGAUACAAAAAUGUCUUCUAUAAAAAUGUUAGGAGGGUACUUUUUCGGAGUAACGUGCUUGUGUGUAUUGAUACUCCACAGUGCACUUAAUUAAAAAAUGACUGCCAUUUGAGUGGUUUCAGUACCUAUAUCGAGCCGAAAAAUGACCCGGCAGUUUUGUUUUUCAGCGGGAGGAGGGGGGAGAGUCUGUACCUCUUUAUAGUGGUACAAAUAAUGAGCUAUGCCCCAACAAAACAGCAUUCCCUGCACCCUUCAUGGAAAGGUGUUUUAAAAUUUUCUUUUGAGCACCCCGUCAUUUUUACAUGUAUGCUAGUUUCCUAAGAAUACAGUUUGACUGGGCAAAGAGGAUCCAGAGUCUUUCUUGGAUGAGAAUCCAAACUAUAAAAUUGGGUGAUCUGUGGUGGUGGAAAAUUCAGUGUUUCUAAUCUUCUCUGAGAUCUUUUUAAAAAUGGCAUGCCCGUACUGGUACAGAAACUGAAGCAGACGUUAACACAAAUGGUAUAUAAAAACAGUAGAAUACAGUGCAAACUUUACUCUAACACUUAACAAACUUAAUCACACUUAAGCAGCAACGUUUUUGAGUGACGCACGUCACCGGAAGUGAAAGCGGCACUCUUCAGCCGUGAUCGUCUCUAAAAGAGUAAAAACACUUAGCAAUACAAAUUUGGUAGCGUCAAGACAUGUUAAAAGAGAAAAAGGCUCACUUCUGGUUGACUUGCGUCGCUCAGAAACGGCGCUGCUCAAACUCCCCUAAUACCCCUGGUCGCAGAAUUGGUCCCAGAGGUUUUUCUUGAUAGAGAGUGCAAGCCGCAAAGCGGCGACAACGAGUCGCGAAAGCGACGAGGAGAGAGAGAAAAACCGUUUUUCUCCCUCCCCUCGUCGCUUUCGCGAAGAAAAAUUAGGAAAAACCAGGGUAAGUACCACCAUGCUAGUGAACUUUAAAAUCAGUUUCCUUCAUUCGGUUCUUAACUGCCCCCUAUCCCCCUAUCAUCACUUAAACGGUUUGGUGUUUGAUCUUUGGAAUAUUUGCACGUGGAAAAUCGCGCCAUAUAGGUGGUCUUUAAUUGCUGCAGCUUUUUUUUUUUCUCUUUGCAGAUGACACCCAUCCGCCCAUCCACCCGUACGCUUUCAUACCAUUUUCUGCUGGCCCUCGCUCCUGUAUCGGGAACAAGUUUGCUUUGGCAGAGAUGAAAGUCGUUUUAAUCAGCCUUCUGCGGCAGUUUGCAUUUGAAGAGGUUCCUGGUUUCACUGUGACACCCUUGGUUCGACUUACAGCAAGGCCAGAUCCCCCAAUGCGGUUACGAAUACGUAAACUGAAUCAUUGAAGAAUUAUUAAGUGCUAUAUUUGCAAUCUCAAUUUAUUUUAUGGCUGAAUUCGCGCGCGGGCAAUAUGAAGCGAAUCCUUUGUUUUGAUUGGCAGCUACCUGAGCGGACAAGAAGGACCUCACCUUUACCGCCCGGAAUUUUCUGCGUUGGUCCCGCAAGAAAAAGUGUCUUUUGGCUAUUUAUUAAAUCCUUUAUUGGCCAAGCUUGUUCGGUCAAGGAUUGCUGGAUAUUGGCCUCGUUAUUUUUUUGCGUUUUUAUUGACCUUGACUUGCGUCUCGGUCCAUAAAAACACAUAAAAGAACCUGGCCAAUCUUGACAUGACACUCCUGG